AUGGGGACACUUGUAAAAUAUCAUGCACUUUGCUAUCAUGUUAAUACAGUAAAAGGAAUAAUGGAUCGAAUUAAAUUCCAUUUGCAAACGAAAAACAACGUGAUACACCAAAUUAUGCAGAAAUACAACUCUGUGGGAAAACAGCUGUCAACACUUUUUGCGUCAUUUGUUUAUUCGGCGGCGGGCGUAAUGAUAUUAUGCCAUCUUUCACCUAUUGUUUUGGACAUAAUUAUGCCCCUCAAUGAAUCUCGUCCAAUAAAGUUACCAGUAGAUGUGGUAACUUUCUUCGACAAAGAAAAACAUCCUAUUAUUAUUACCACUUUUUACUAUUUAUGGAUAGCGAUAGUUUCAACUACAUAUGUUGGAACAGAAUCAUUAAUGAUUAUGAUCUGCUUACAUGCCGCCAGCUUAUUUGAAGUUACUAG